AUGGUAGCUACGAUCGAAAUUAUUUUGGGAUUAGCGAUUUUUAUCACAGAAAUUUUAAAUAUUAUUGUGGAAUUCUGGUAUAUGAAUGUUUUUGGAGGAAUUUGGGGCUCAAUUAUUUUGUUUAUUAAUUGGAUUACAAUAUAUACGACAGUCUGUUGUUCACCAACUAUUGGUGCAUCAACAUGUUCAUUAGUCUGGAAUAUUUUAACAAUUAUUGCUAUGGGUGCUCUGGUUGGCUUCGAUAUUAGUUUUAUUUUAAAUCCAUCUACAUGUCUUUUAACGCCUACAUGUACAACACAGUCAGAAAUAAUUAACCUUCAGUUUAUCAUGACUAAUAUAGCACCAUUUAAGAAUUAUACAUUUUAUGAUUCAAAAAAGCUUUUCUUGGAAAUACAAGUGGGUUGCGCUGGUCUGGCGCUUCUUUUAUCCAUUAUCUAUGUCAUUAUUUACAUUGUCUGCAAAAACAAACUUAAAAAUCAAACGACUAGUACCAGUGAUCGUGUAAUACAAAAUGGUCAUAUCGAUUAUCCAGCUCCGCAACCGAUUCACAGAUCACCACAAGCUUAUCCUCCGCCUCAAAUCUCAUUUAUUCCUAAUCAAAGUCCUUAUGCACCUCCAUAUUAA